UUCUGUUACUACAAGAUGUUUACUUGGAUGAGUCCUGCGAAUUUCGACGAGGAUCCCGAUAAUUCCGCGUGCAAAGCCGCCAUGAAACUGCAACGGAGACAACAGUAACUGGAAGGUACGUGAUCCGGCGUGAUUACGAACGGCCCGGGUAUGUUUAUAGCCUGCAAACUCUGACAUAGCAAUGGCGUACUGUCGCCGUAAAGGCCGUGCCAACAAAAUUGUCCUUUGCCUUAUUUAAUCUAAGUUAAUUGUGCACGCAGGAAUUUAAUCACAAAACAAUGUUUCGUAUGUGAUGAUACGGUUCAUAGUGACAAGUACAGUUUGUGAGUUUUGGUGAUGAAAAGUGGCGUUUUUCGGUGAUUAUAGUGCCUCAGUUUUCCCCACUGUGGAAUGACCGCCGAUUGUCGAGCGGCACGCCAUCCUGCUGUAGCUGACUGAGGACUAUACUAUAAAGAGAUUAAAAACUAUGACUACAUAGCAACAGAGGUUUAGUAAAGGUGCCAUGGAUGAUGAAGAGCGUCUUGAGGGUGAGGAAGAAAUGGAACUAGAUGAAGCCUCUGAUGGUGAAGAUGAAGAUGAAGAAACAACAGGAAUUCCUGUAUCACCAGCCAAUUCAGAUCAAUUGCUUGGUCCUGUACCAACAACUCCUGGUAAUAAGGAAGCACAAAAAUUUGUUUCUCUUGCAGUAACCCCAGAUGAAGCUUUUCAUGAUCCUUUACGGUACCAGAAAUUUCCACUUCCUGGAGGUAAACCUUUAAAUAUUAGGCGGGGUCCAGGUAGACCUAGAAAAGAACGUCCACUUGGUAUUACACGUGGUGGAGGUACUCGUAGACCUUUUGGAAGAGGGACCACUAGGGGUAAAGGUCUUGGAUAUGCAAGAGGUGUACCACGCCGUACUAAAAGUAAAGAUGAUGAUACACAUUCAGAAUCCCCAAGUCCUCUUCGUCUUGGUGAAGAUACUCCUGAUGGAGAGACAUCUAACACUGAGAGAUGUAUGCCAGCACCAGAAGAACCACCAUAUUUUCUAGAACAGUGGCCAGGAAAAGUAUGUGCUUUAUGUAAUUUGGGCGAAAGAAGUCAAUUAGGUCAGGGUGAAUUAUUAAGAUUUACUUGCCCUGAAGGUUUCACUCCUGAAAAAUCAACUAAUCGCGACGAAAUAACUGAUCAUCUUAUUGAUAUAUCUACUGGAGAUAAAAGUCCACGUGCAGCAGGUCCUGGUGCUGUCACUUGUCGUAGACAAAAAAGUCUAGCUAAGUGCAGAAAUACUAGUCUAACAAAUUUUUCGGAACCAGUGGAAGAAUUAACUAUAGUAGGAUAUUCGGAAGAACCAGAAAUAGGAACAUUAUUUGAAUCAACUGGGCACUAUUAUGUUCAUCAAUCUUGUGCAGUAUGGUCAAGCAAUACUCAAGAGUUAACAACGGAAUCGUUGAGUCCAGCGAUAGUUCAAGCUUCAUCGAGACGUUGCGCUUUUUGUUCUCAUUAUGGAGCUGGAAUUCCUUGCAAAGUGGCAUCGUGCAAUCGUUAUUUUCAUUUACCAUGUGCUGCAGCUUCAAGUUGUUUCCAAGAUACAAAAAGUUUAUCCCUCUUUUGCAGUCAACAUUUGGGACAGGUUCCACUUCUAUUGAACGGUGAUGUUACAUGUAUGCAGUGCUGUGGAAUGGGAGAUGUUUCCAACUUAGUAAUGUGUUCCAUUUGCGGCCAACAUUACCAUGGUAGUUGUGUUGGUUUGGCAUUAUUACCUGGUGUACGAGCUGGCUGGCAGUGUGCAUCUUGCAGAGUAUGUCAAGUGUGCCGUCAACCAGAAGAUGUUUCAAAAGUAAUGUUAUGUGAACGUUGUGAAAAAGCGUAUCAUCCUAGUUGUUUACGACCAAUUGUUACAUCUAUACCUAAAUAUGGUUGGAAGUGUAAGUGCUGCCGUGUAUGCACAGACUGUGGUUCGCGUACACCAGGCGCUGGUCUUUCAUCACGGUGGCAUUCCCAUUACACUGUAUGUGAUUCGUGUUACCAACAAAGAAACAAAGGUUUUUCGUGUCCUCUUUGUAGAAAGGCAUAUCGAGCUGCCGCGUAUAGAGAAAUGGUUCAAUGUAGUGCAUGUAAAAAAUUUGUUCAUGGUACCUGUGACCCUGAGGCUGAUCCAUUAACUUAUCAACAUCGUAAAGAAGUUAAACCUGAUUAUGAAUAUGUUUGUCUACAUUGCAAAAAUAUGGCACUUGUAAAAAGAAAAGAUAAUAUUGACGAUUAUGGUGGAGAUUUGAGUUUAAGUGCAUCACAAGAAAGUCUGUACGGUGAUGGAGAUUCGUCAGAAUUUGAUUAUCAAGGAGGAUCAGAGGAAGCACUGUAUUCUAUAGGUCUUGGAAAAGGAAAGCCAUUUUGUGCAUCUAAAAUUGCAAAGAAGCGACUAGGACUUGGAGGUGGAAUUAUUGGCCGACCAAAAGGAAUUGGUAAACUUGGAUAUCAAAAACGACAAAAAAUGACAGAGUUUGGAAGAAAAAGAGGGCCCAAAGCAAAAAUGAGAGGUAUUUUUGGUGUACCAGGUGUAGGACUGCAGAGACCAAUGUCAGACUCAUUUUCAAAAGAAGAUGAACCAGGUAUUGAAAAUAGACUUGUAUUAUGUUCUGCAAAAGAUAAAUUUGUAUUGACUCAAGAUAUUUGCGUAAUGUGUGGUGCGAUUGGCACUGACCAAGAAGGAUGUUUAAUUGCUUGUGCACAAUGUGGUCAAUGUUAUCAUCCUUAUUGCGCUAAUGUCAAAGUUACUAAAGUAAUAUUACAAAAAGGUUGGCGGUGCCUUGAUUGUACAGUAUGCGAAGGUUGUGGUGAAAGAAAUGACGAGGGUCGUUUGAUUUUAUGUGAUGAUUGUGAUAUCAGUUAUCAUAUUUAUUGUAUGGAUCCACCAUUAGAUUAUGUGCCACAUGGAACAUGGAAAUGCAAAUGGUGUGCCCAUUGUCAAACAUGUGGUUCAAAUGAUCCAGGAUUUAAUAGUAGUUGGCAAAAAAAUUACACACAGUGUGGUCCUUGUGCAUCUCAUACUGCCUGCAUAUCUUGUCAAGAAGCAUAUAAUGAAGGUGAUUUAAUAAUACAAUGCAUUCAAUGUGAAAGAUGGUUGCAUUGUGCAUGUGAUUCGAUUAAAAGUGAAGCAGAAGCUGAAAAAUGUGCAGAAGAAGGUUAUAUUUGUAUACUUUGUCGUCCAAGAGAUAUUCCACCACCCCAUCUUUUAUGUAAUCAACCGAAACCACAACCAAAUAAAUAUCCUCGCUCUCCACCACCGACAUCACGCAGUCCUGAACUUUAUAAACCUUCUCCUCAACAAUAUUUAAUUGACGGCGUUUAUUUAUCUGAAGCUGGUAUGAAUCACAUAAAAUCAUUGACUUCAGAACACCAACAAACAAGAAAGAAAAGAAGAAAAAUACAUCCUUUAAUUGAUAAAGAAGCAGACAUAAUGGCAACUAUAGAAUCUGUUGUUGCUGGUGGGAGUUUAGAUAAUUCUUUAGAAGAAAAUGGAGGAAAAAUAGAUUUAGCAGAUGUUAAAGAUGAACCAACAGAAGUACUCAAAGAAGGUAUGGUAUGGACGCCACGUGGUGAUCAACCACCACCAGAAGGUUUUAGUAUUUAUACAACUGAAAAUGGCAUACCAAUUUUAAGACGUAAACGACAACGUAACUUACAAAAGUUAGGCAUCGGUGGUUUUAUUGUUAGAUUAAGAGGCACUCGCAAAGAUAAAGAAGAAGAUGGAGAUACAGAAAAACCAUCGGAUUCAACAGUUGUAAACGAUGAUAAACCACGUAGAAAACCACAGAGAAGAAAACCAAAGACAAAACUUUCCGAAUGUUUUCCUCUCUACAUGCAAGAGGCGUUCUUUGGUAAAGAUCUUAUGGAUACAACCAAAGAUAAGGAAUUGGAAAGUAGCAGUGAAUCAGAUAGUGAGCGAAAUGUAUCUGGAAAUGCAGAUACUAUUCAAUUAUCUCAAGAUGAAUUAAAAGCAAUGGAACAAGUUAAAGCUAAACAAGAAAAGGAAGAAGAGAAAGUACCUCCAGAAGCACCUAUAAAACGUGAAGAAAUUGUAGAUGACGAAGGUAGUGAUACUGAAGCUCUUGGUGACAUAUUGCCUAUUUCGGGUGACUUACUUGACAAUGAUCUUGUUAAUACUAUAAUGAAUGAACCAGAUGAAGACUUAGCAAAAGCUAGUGAAGCAUUAGAUGAACUGGAUGAUACACCAGGAACGACUAAAGAUGAAUUAACAGAUAUUCUCAGUCCACAUUUCAAUAUAGAAUCAAUGGUCAGAGAUACAGGUUUACCUAACAUGGAUAGUAAAGAUAUUGAAGAAAUAUUUAAAGGGGUUUUAACUGAUGAAUCUCAAGAAUCUCAAGAAUCAUCAGUCUUUCCUGUUCAAGCUCAACCAUCACAUCCUACAUCUUCAACAACACCUCUUGUAUCUCCAUUACCACAUCCUGGUAUACAAACAACAAUGCCUAUAGCAAGACCUCAAGUACCUGGUACACUACCUUCUGUUGGUCAAUCUAAUUUAAAUUCUCCAAUGAGUUUUCCACCACCAUCUCCAUAUCAUUCAGAAUACAGCAAUCCACAAUUCAGUCCUGCUUUCUCUGAACCAAGAAGUCCAUGGGUCAAUCCUGAUGAUGAGGGUACUUCAUCAACAAGCAAUACUACAAUUUCAUAUAACCAAAGAAGUAAUCUUAAAAUGGAAGCUGAUGAAGCUUUAGGUCCAGGAGCUACUAUAUCUUCUGUACUUUAUGCAAAUAUUAACCAUCCAGAAUGGAAAACAGAAUAUCCAGCUUGGUCAGAAAGAUGUAAACAAAUAUUAAAAAAAUGGCGUGCAUUGCCCAAUGAUAAAAAAGCUCCAUAUCUAACACUGGCACGAGAUAAUAGAGCUGCAAUUCGCAUGAAAAAGACUCAGCAGAUAUCCAAGGAUAUACCAAGCACGACCCCAGUCACUGCAACAAGUGCACCUACCAUCAUCACCAAACCUGUCACAACUAUGACAUCAGCUCAAGUUUCUCCAGUAGUAGCUAUGGCUUCCAACCAAAGGCAGAUUGGACUUUUGACCUCAGUGGGCAGUGAAAAGACACAGGAAAAGAAUGGAAUGACUGUGUCGACAACAGGAGUGACAGUAUCAACAGUUAGCAGUAAUCAUCAUGCGGAGGAACAAGAGAGACUUUCCAAUAGAGAUCGUUCCAGUAGAGAAGCUGAACAAGAACGUCAAUGGAAACAAUUACAAGCAUUGCGUCAACAGCAAGCACAAAUGCAACAACAAGUUAUUCACGAACAACGUGUACAUGCUAUUACUAGAGUUCAUAGACAAAUAAGUGAAGAUAAUACAACUCAAGUAAAUGCCGACAAUACUACAGGAUUAACAACACAACUACAAGUUUCCACAUCACAAGAUGGAAAUCAUAUGGGACCAUUAGCUUCACCGUCUCCAGGAUCACGCAAUACAUUUGCCGCUCCUUCCAUAAAAGUUACACGAGGUUUAGCACCUCAAAGUCCUCAUCAGAGUAUACCACGUUUACCCACUCAAUCUUGUACAACAAUGACACGUCCAGUUGGAAAUGUUGUUAGACCAGGAAUGCCAAAUAAUUUUACACAACCACCCUCUCCGUUUUCUCCGCAAGCGCCACAGUCUCCUCAUGAUUUUCCACAAUCUCCAGCUUCAUCACAACCUCAAGAUCAUUUUCAACGUUUUGAUAAUACUGAAGCUUAUUCUCAAGCUUCUCAAACUCCUAGGUCACAAAUUAGUGGUACAUCAUCAUACUCCACUUCUCCAAGAAGCGAUGUCUUUUCUCAACCACCAGGUACACCACGGCCUAUGUUUAAUGCUCCUACUACUCGUCCUUCUACUCAUGUAUAUGCACCAUCUCGUACACCUGAUCCAUACAGUAGCCAGCCUCCCACACCUUCUCCUGCUCCAAAUUAUUCCUCACCAAGGCCAGAAUCUCGACAAGAUUCACAACAACCUGAAGUGUUCAAUCAACAAUCAGAAGUGAUUAAUAAUAGACAGUUACGUGAUCUUUUGCAAAGACAACAAUUUAAUAAAAAAAUGGAACCUGUGAGCACUACAUGGAAUCAAGAUAGUCAAAAUAAUACGGAAAGCAAUCAACAAUUUGAUACAGGUCAUGUACAACUUCCACAACAAGCGGCAACUAGUACUAGUGAAGGUACUUUCAGGCAUCCUUUACCUCCUGGUAUUGUUAGAGCUAGGAUGCCUAUUCAACCAAAUGUUUUAAUAAGAAAUCAAAUUGGAAUAAAUUCAAGACAUCCUGUGGCAGGAAAUAUAGAUGCCAGAAUACAAAAUAUAGAUCCACGAACUAGAAUGCUUUUGCAAAGACCACAAGUAACUGCAACCAUACCUCAACAUUUUCAAGGAAACCAGACUUUACAAACACGUAUGCCAGCUGUAAGAAAUUCUAUUACAGAACCUUAUGAUGUCUUACAACAACAAAGAUUUCCAGAUCCUAAUCAAGGACAAAAUAUAACUCAACGUAUAGUACGAACACCUCAAGAUAACUUAAAUCAGGGAAUUAGAAUGUUAAAUCAAGGAGUUGGUAUAAGAGCUCCUUUGAUACCAACAACGGUUAAUGAAGCCACUGUUAGUCCUUCUGAAUCAUCAGAAAUCCCUGAUAAUGUUACUGCAGAACUUGAAAAGUUAGAGCAAGAAGGAGCACCAAUGGUUGAGGUCGAGGGCGUAAGUGCAAUAUUGGGAGACUUAGGAGAUGAUGAUGAUGAACUGCUUGCUGAAAUGGGAGCAGAUUUUAAUAUUUUGGAAUAUGCAGAUCCCGAAUUAGACAACAUUACUGGUGGUGAGAAAACAAAUAUACUUGAUUUAGAUUUAGAACAAGUUGAAGUAGAGACAAAGGAUGAAAAACAAAAGAAGGAGGUUAAGGAUGAAGAACGAAAAUCGACAGAAUUAAAUGUAACGAAUGCGGUGCACACUGACAUAAGUGACACGUGUACGACAACUACAGUACAAACACCAACAGAGACAUCUAAUGCUCCAACACAAGCACAAACAGUAACACCUAUUACUGCAACAUCACAAACAUCACAACAGUCAUCUACGAUUAUGCCUCAAUCACAUGCUCAAGCAGUUGUUGUACAACAACAAAUGCAUCAGCAUGUGCAGCAAGCUGCAGCAAUGGGUAGGCCAAUGCCUCCAGGAACUCGCUUGCUUUCGCCUGAUGGAGCAGUUGGUGUUGUUACAUCAACUAACACUGUUACAGUCAGUUAUCCAUCUACAUUUCCUGGACAUGCUCAGAGAAUACCACAAACACAUAUCCAAGUAUCACAGCAACAACGUCUUGGUAUGAGAGUAACAGGUGUACCAAAUGUUGCUGGUAGAGUGGUUGCUGUAAAUCAUAUGAUUGGCCCUCGAAUGCCUCUUGCACCACCACCUCCACCACCACCGCCUCCAUAUCCUGGACCACCACCCCCUUAUCCUGGACCAAUACAGAUGGGGCUGUGUCCAGGUGGGCGGGGUAUGACGCGGCCCCCAAUCCAUAUAGGGCACCCAGUACCGGUGGCGGGUCCACCAAUGGUCCCUGUGGUACAUACUGGUACGCCCGCAAUGACACCUCACCCUCACCGAAGACCCUUGCUUCUGCAGUGGUGUUUACAGGAACAACCAUUAUUGUUGGAAGAAUUAUUGGAGCAAGAAAAACGAGAACAAGAAAAGCAGCAGCAACAGCAGCAGCAGCAACAACAACAACAACAACAACAACAACAACAACAAAGUGAUACUACAACUCCCGGAGGAUCCCUUCUAAGUGACAGUGAGUUUGAACAAUUUAAUGCAGAUGUUUUGGGUUCUGCACCCCUUGCUUCUCCUCCACAAGGAAUUACAUCAGUACCUGGAGGAGUUCCUGUAAUUAGGCCAUCUUGUACAUCAAGCCCACCAUCCGCUCCAGGUACCAAUUGGCAGCAAGCAAUACCGGAUGCGACGAAACUAACAACUCAGGUGCCUAGACAACCAAUUGCAACUCAGACACCACCAGAACCAAGGGUUGCCACAUUUAAUAUCUCCCAGAUUCCUGCUCCGCCUACACCUCCGGAAAAUAUUGUGAAUGAACAGGAUCGCCAGAUACAACUGCAGUACGAGCAAUGGUUAAAUCAUCAGCAUCAAGUGUUGACACAACAGUUGAAGUAUUACGAAACUGAGGUACAAAAGCUGCGUAAAAUACGAAAAUCUCUCAAUAGCAAACAACGACAAUUACGAAAAUCCGGCAACGAAUUGGCAGAAAAUGAUGCGGCUGAAUUACAACGUAUUUCCAGUGAGCAAGCAAUAUUGCAAAAACAGCUAGAUGCAAGUCGCAAACAAACUCGUCAACAUGGCAUGCUAAUACAGGAAUAUCAAAGUAAACAGCAACAAAGACAACCUCAACAACAAAGCAGCGAACCAUGUUCACCACUGAUGUCGCCUUCUCAACAUUCACCGAUGCAUAGUCCUGCUGCACUUGUUUCACAAAGUCCAGGCCCUGGAAACGUUCCAACAAAUAUAAUACAACAUUCACCGGCAACUCCUAUCAUUCAACAUAGUCCUAAUACACCUUUAUUACAACACAGUCCUGGUAAUCCGCAAUCAGGAAAUCCAGGGACAAUAUCACCUCAUAACAUGCAACAGUCACCAAGAAUUGGCACUCCACAUUCACAGAACGAAGAAAGUCCUUUUAGUCCUGGUGCUAUGCCCUCACCAGGAAUAUGUGGUCCUUCAGCUGCUCGAAUGACGUCUCCACAGCAUCGUGCGAUUAUUAGUGGAAGACUUGCAACUAGUCCAGGUGCUUUUACUCCGGAUACGCGAAAUACACAACAAAUUAUCGGAGAUCAAGGAGUUAGAGUCCAUAGUCUCACUCAACGUUUUGUCCGUCCACCUGCUGUAGUAGAACCUGGACAAAGGCCCAAAAUGCAGUUACAAGGAGGGAUCGUAUACGGACAACGUUCCCCUCUUGGGAGUCCACAACCUAAUCAACAGUCAUUAAUGAAUCAACAGCAUCAACAGAUGCUUCAGAGACAACAGAUCUCACAUCAAAUUCAACAACAGCACGAUACUACAAUUCUUCAAGAUGGACAAAAUGCAAUGACUCAACGUACGUUGCAAAUGGCACAACAAAGACAACAAUUGCUACAACAACAACAGCAACAGCAACAAAUAGUUCAACAACAGAGACAACAAUUUUUACAAAUGCAACAACAGCAACAGCAGCAGCAACAACAGCAACAACUUAUGCAAAAACCUCCAAGUUCUCCAAUGGUAGUUCAACCUGCCAAUUCUCCAAGUCCGCAACUUCAUCAACAAAUGCAACAGAAUUAUGGACAACCUCCAAGUUCUCCUAUGCCUCGUAGUCCUAUGGUUCAACAAACCAUGGGAUCACCUAUGUUGCAACAACAAUUAAAUCAAACUUCGCAACCUCCCAGUCCUAUGAAUACUAGAAUUCAUCCUCAUCCACCGAAUUCACCAAUGAUAUCACAAUAUCAACCACCAAGUCCGAUGUCACGUAAUCAUCCUUCGACAUCUCCUAUGCUUCAACAUCAAUUAAACAACGCACAUCAUCCUCCAACGUCACAACCACCUAGCUCUCCUAUGCCACGUAGCCCAAUGGUUGGAGGUUCGCCUAUGCAAAUGCAAAGAAGACAAUCUACUGGAAAUAGUCCAGCAAUGCCAGAUCGACCACAAAGUGUAGAAAAUCCAGGAACACCAAGAACACCACAUACCCCUCAUACGCCACAUGCGUCACAUGGUUCUUAUACAAAUCAAACUUCAAAUAAUCAUGCAGUACCAAAUGAUCAACAGCAACAAUUGCAACAAUCACAUCAACAUCAACAACAGUCUAUUACACAGGAACAGCCAACUGCAACAGAUCACACAAAUAGAGGUGGAGGAAAUCCUCAUAAUCCACUAAAUCCAUUGCCCUUUGGGCGAUUUGGGUAUAUUAAGCUUGGAUUAAGAGGCGGUUCUCCUAUGUGGUCUACAAAAGCAGAGACCAGCAAAGGAAAAACUUCUGAAUCGCAUCUUUUAAACAUAGAUGAAAAACCAAACACAUCUGUAGUUGUUCAUAGAAAAACUGGCAUACCGCAGUCAAAAAUUAAUUCUUUAGUAUGUGCAGAUUAUAAUGAUUUUGAUGAUGACUCACAUACGCCACCUCAAACUCCACCAACAAGUUUAGAAAUCAAACAAACCACUUCAUUAUCUGAUAAUGGGCCUUUAACAUUGGGUAGUCCUAGUAAUAAAAUGGAACCCAUACCUGAUACUACUGAUUAUGACGAUGAUAAAACUAUUGUAAAUACAGAGGUGACUCUAAGUUCGACAGCUCAACGAGAUAGUGAUGAUAUUACUGUUAUAGACCAGUUUGGAGAUUCCGAAUUGGUCGAUGUGAUAUCAGGAACAUUGGAAAGUGACAUGCAAGAGGAGUAUGUGCUUUUCGAGCCUGGAAUGGUCGUAGAUUUAUCAGCAGAUAGUAAUGAUUCGCUUUGUCAUGCAUUGGUUAAUGAAAGUAGUCAAGGACACGACUUAGUGCAAAUAUUACAAAUAGAAAAUCCUGAAUCUCAGACGGAUGAACCAAUAUUAAGUGAUGAAGAUUUAGUGCCCUCCCAUACAAGAAAUAAAAAAGGUUUAAGAUUAGACAUAGUAAGGACAUUACAAUCAGGAAAAAGACUCGUAGCUGUUACAGAUACUCCGGAAUCGCCUGAUCAAGAAGAACUUCGCGUAAAUCCAUCACCUGGAUCUUAUAUGGAUCAAUCACCUGAGCAAGAUCUCAUGGUGUCUUUUGUUAGUGCAUCUGAAGUAGUAAUUAUUGAUCCUAGUACAAAAUCACCUGAAGAUAAUUUAUCCAAAGAAUCAUGCACAGAAGAAGUAGAAAAAACAGAUAUGAUUAAUGUUUCCGAAUCAUCAAAAGAAAAUACUGUCACGGAAAAUGCUAGUGAAGAUCAAUCAAAAUCACAAAAAGAAUUGAAGUCAAAUAGGAGUCCUACAUCAUUUUUGUUCUCAGAUAAAGUUCUUUAUAAUCAAAUUUCAUCAUCAAAUAUUCAUCAUGCUAACAUUAAUGUAUCAUCUACAUGUAGGUCUACAGUUUCUUUGUCAUCCUGUGCAAAUACAACUAUUAAUACUAAUAAUACAAAUGCUAUUGCUACUUCUACUAGUGUAUUGAUAGUGACUGAUACAACUAUUAAAUCAACUCCAAUUUUUACAACUUUAAGCAUAACGAAAGAAACGGUAUCUUCUUCUUUUAAUAAUCAAAAACAACUACCAUCAACAAUGGCAAGUAUAGUGGCUGAUGCCAAAAUUGCUGCUAAACUCAGUCAAACAGCUUUGGAGAACAUUAUAGUUAGUUCACAGCAAAGUAUUACAAAGAUAGAAUCAUUAUCCAAAAUUACUUCAUCAAAUACAGAAAUUUCUAAACCUCAAGUUACAAUUUCAGAAAAAAUCAUAACAUCAGUAUCUAAUUUACAGAAUGAAUUCACUAGUUUUGUACAAAGUACUGCUACAAGUACAAUGGAAAUAUUAAAUAAUCCUACAAAAUUAAUAUUAAGUGUGCAACCAACAUCUGUCACAUUAUCAACACCCAAAAUGUCCAUACUUGAUCUUCCUAAAAAGGAAAGUGAAAAUAAUUCUGUUACAAUAACAAAAGAAAAUCAAUUAGAAAUUUUAAAUAAAAAUGUGAAAAUUAAAAAUGAAAAAGAUGAACCUGACCAUUCAGCAAAAAAUUCAGAGGAAUCAAAUGUAAAUACUUUAAAUGUCAAUGUAACUACAAGUAUAGCUGUGAAUCAAGAAUUAACUUCAUCUGAUGAUAAGAAGAAUGAUCCUUUGAAUACUACUGAUGAAUUAGAAAGUAUGCUUGAAGCAAUCCACAAUCCUGCUGAAAACACUAUAAAUAGAGAGAAUUCUCAUUCAGAAAAUAAGACAGAUACUGCUUCUUCAUUGAAGAGGAUAUUUCCAGUUACAGAUGAUUUAUCAUUAGUAAAUAUUUUAGAAAAUGAUUCGGAAUCAAUUGAAAAUGAAAAUAAAGAAGAAAAUGUAACUUCUGAACCUCAAAGAAUGAAUAUUAAAUCAAAAGAAAUUGAAACUAACAUUGUAGAAAAUACUAAUUUAAAUACUUCUCAAAAAGAAAAAAAACACAAUGAAUUAUGUACAGAAAUUGAAACUAGUAAAUCUUAUAUACAGCAUUGUCUCAAUGAAGAAAAGAGUAUACUGGAAGAAUCAUCUGAUGAUAUAUUAGAUAUGUUACAUAAUAUCAUAUCCUCUAAGCCAGAAAUGGCUAACAGUGAAAUGCUUCAAGAAGACAGAUCCAGAAAAUCAAGUAUGAUGUAUGAAUUACCAACACCUUUAGAUACUUUGCCUCUAAAUAUUCUUCAAGAUUCUUUAAUGGAUCUAGAUCAAGAACACUCAGAUAAUGAACAUCUCUUAUCAAAUGAAAAAGAACCAAAAAUACGAUCAGCCAAUUCACCUUCUGUAGAAUCUGCCCCUAAGAAAAGCUCGCCAAUUCCACAUCAAAGUACUCCUUUAGUAGUGAGUACUAUAGCACAGUUGCAGAAAUGUACGACUACAGUGCCUCAUCUCUCUCCUCUAUCAAAACCGACAGAAUUAACGUCCAAUGUUGCAAAUGUAUCACAUCAGUUGAGAACAUUACUUUCUUCUUUACAAACAAAUCAUUCAAACUGUACAACUAUAAAUCAAACCGCCAUCGUCACUAUGGUGUCCUCAGCGAUCUCAGGAUCAAAAGUAGGGAACAUACUGUCUACAACCAGUACAUCCUCACCAAACUCUGUAAAUAAUAUUCAUAAUAGUACAAACGUACGACUGCAGACUUCUAUUACCACGUCUCAUUCUACAAUUACAAGUAAACCUGAAUUAGAAAAUACGACAACCAGUUAUAUCCCACAUACGAAAGAAAGUACAAAUUCUACAGUAAGCGUUGUUUCUACUUUAACUAAGGUUACACCUUCGGAAUCAUUUUUACGAGUCACUUCUAGCGGAGUACAGUCGCAAGCUAAUAGUAGUAGUCUGUCCCUACAAACAUCAUCUGUGAUCACUCCCAGGCCACCAACAAAUUCAGGUAUCUCGAUUACGUCAAAUGCAAUGCUAAAUGCAAUGUUGUCUGGUACAAAUUCGGCAAAAUCUUCAAUUGCUGGUCUUCGAACGAAUACUGCUCCUACACAAGCUGGUAACUUAUUGAGUUCAGUAGUAGCAACUUCUGUACAACGUACACAAAGUUUACAAGCUAUUCUACAAGUAAGUUCAAGCUGUUCUUCGGCACCUUCUCGUAUGGUUGUAAACUCCACAUCGACAACAGCCACAACAUCCAUGCAAUGUGUCAAAACCAUUGUACCUCCAAUAGUGACUGCAAGCACUAACAGCAUUAGUAUUACUACUAGCAUACUUCAGUCUACUUUGUCUCAAACACCAACUCUUUUGCAUUCUCAGCUUUCUGGUCAAGGUCAAUAUAAAUCAACCAGUCAUUUGCCACUAGACAAUAAAAGUGUUGAUCUUGAGAGACUGGCACAAAGCACACCAUCUAAAAAGGAGUCAGAAGAAUCUAACUGCAAAUCUCAAUCAGUGCUGGAAAAAUCAUCAACAACUAGAUCUGAAUUGGAAAUGAAUAAAAAUUCUACUCAUAGAAUGGAGGAAUCGCAAAAUGUAUUGUUGAAACAAUUGCUCCAAAAUACUGCAUGUGCAACAACUACAUUGUGCUCCAGUUCUUCACAAGGUCCUAGUUUGCCAUUAGUACCAUCCUUAGAAGCACAAUUAGCAAGACCAGUACCUCCCACUCCUUUCUCUGUUUUACCACCUUUAUUGAAUGAAGUACCAACACCUAAAACUACUAGUAAUAAGCAAGUUUUAAACAGAGAGACAUCAUUCUUAUCUCAAUCAGUAAUACCUUUGAAAGUGCAAAGUCCACCAACCAAAGAAGAACCACCGAAACCACCACCGCCAUUAACAACUUCUGCACCAGUUUUAUCUCAGCAACUUAUGGCUGAUUCGUUUCCAAAACAACAAAUAACUACACAAUCUACGAAAACCACUCUUGUUUUAACUCAAACAAAUCAACAGCCAACGAUAACAAUGACCAAGCAAAUUCCGCUUACGACAAAAACUUUAGAAACUACAACUUCUAUAAAACAAGAAUCAACUACUAUUAAUCAGUCACCUGCGAAGUCUGUGAGUGAUGCCGUUAUUAGUAAUACUGUUCCAAUCCAAAAACAAUGUGUAUCAACUCCUAUAACUGUGUCACGAGUAGUAUCACAAACAAAACCAGUAAUUACAACUGUGACAAGUAAAAGUAUUCAAUCCACAACACAAGUAUCUAGUACUAUUCAAGUGACACAACAAUCAUUAACGACUAUUACAACCGUGCAGCCACCAUCAUCACAACAAACGCAAGCACAGACUCAACCUCAAAUACCAGUUACCCCAAAAUCCAUUAUCUCGACUCAGCAACAACCCCCUCAUGUAAACACAAUACCGCCAUCAGUGCCUCAUACGGUGUCUCACACAGUGGGUCACCAAGCCCAGGCGUCACAGGGUGCAAAUGCACAACACACAGUGCCUUUAGUGGAAGUCAAAAAGGAAGUACUUGAUGAAGUUCUAUCUAGUGGUACACCUACCCAAUUAACCGAUACCAAAGACUUUGUUACUGCCAAAGAGGAGCUUAUUGAUGGAUCGAUUGAUGAUAAAACUGAUCUCAAGAAAAUGAAAAGGCGACAGUAUCAACAGAAACGGAAGCAAAGCCAGGGAAAGGACGCGACGGCAGCAACUCAAAAAAAGCGUGCUAGGAAAGUAUCCCGUUUAGACGAGGAUUAUGACACGUUCAUUGACAAUUUAAUGGCACAAUUACGACAGCUUCAACCAAUGGCAGUAUUAGAACCACUUCUAGGUAGAAAUUAUGGCGUUUGUCCUAUCUUUGGCUCGGGAGACCUGUCGAAAAUCAGUAGUCAGAAGGAUUAUAAUACCAGGACAGGUGAUUUAAUCGGUUCAUAUGGAUCUGCUACAUUACCAGGUGUAUCUGAUCAUUAUAAUACUCAACCGUUUGGUGAAUUGGAACCUUUACCACCUCAACAACCCGCUUCUACUCAAAGAGGAUUUUAUGAUCAAGAAUUUCCACCUCUUAAAUUGGACGAUUCCGACGAUAAAAAAGAGAAUUCCUUAUCAAUGAAUCGCGAUGUGGAUUCCCCUGAUACAAUAGUCAGUUCAUCUUCACCAGAAUGCGUUAUUCCAGAAUUUAUACAUCGAUUUCCUGGUUUAAGAUUGAUAGAAGAAGAAUCGGAUGAGGAAUCAGAUUGGUUGAAAAGAGUAUCACCUGUAAUACCUUUAAUAUCACCGAUACCAAUUAGAUUAAAACCAACUUAUAUCGGUAAAGAUAUCGCCAAACAGGAUAAAGAGAAUUUAGGAAUACCACGACUUGGAAAAUCACCUCCAAUACCUUUAAGAGAUGGCAAUGUAACAGUUACAUUAACAUUGAAUAGUCAGGCUGCAGAUGACAUAAUGGGAGUACUUAAAGAUUUGGCUAAUAUUUUAAAUAUUGCUCCUCCCACUGGUUACCAGAUAGUAGAACGUACUACUACUCCCCCUAGUCAAAAAUUAGGUCUUUAUAGAAUCAAGGGAAAAGAUGGUAAAGAGGGAGGUGUGUAUUUUUAUCCCAUAAAAAUAACUAAGAAAGCUCCAAUUGAUAUACAAAGUAUUUUAAAUGGCGCCGCGAAAUUCUGUCGUCAUUGCGAUGUUGUGAUAUUGAAUAGCUUGAUAAGAAAGAAAGUAUCUGAUUUACCAUUUUUAAGCAAAGAAGAGGCUGAACCCGGCGAUGAGUUAUGUUUCUGUUCAGCAGCCUGUUACAUGCAAUUUGCUCUCAUGCAUAGAACACCUUUGAAUACACAAGAUAAGGCUGCAACAAUAGUAGACCACCUAUGUCAUAACAAGAUAGAUACUAAGGUAUUGGAUGACGAUUUCAAAAAAGGGAAAAAAUAUGUGAUCAAACAACCGAUUGAUCAUAUUGAAAGUAUGGAAGUCGAUCAAACAGAAAAGGAAACAGAAAUUAAGAUAAAAACAGAAAAAGAAGAACAUGAUAUUUUUGAGGCAAAGGAAGAAAUCACAGAAGAAAAACGGGCAAAAAAACAUUCAGUCACAGAAGAAUCUCUAACUGAAUUGACUGAACCACAACCACCUGCGAAAGUAUGGAGAGGUUUACGAUAUAAGACGUGGUCUGUUGGCUUAAUGCAACCUACAACAAAAUACAAAAAACCAACAGACAAAGAAAUCACGGAGAUGCUUUUCCGUAUGGGAGUAACCGUAAUACCUGCUAAGGCGGAAGAUAGUCGACGAUGCAUGUUUUGUCACAGUCAAGGUGAUGGUACAGCCGAUGGUCCUGCUAGAUUACUUAAUUUUGACGUUGACAAAUGGGUGCAUUUAAAUUGUGCUCUUUGGUCGGAAAAUGUAUAUGAAACUGUAAAUGGUGCCUUGAUGAAUCUCGAUACUGCUUUGCAACAUAGUCUUGUAUUAAAUUGUAUUGUUUGCGAGAAACCAGGAGCUACUGUAAAAUGUUUUAAAAUGCGCUGUACUAAUGUAUACCAUCUUGGCUGCGCUGUUAAAGAUGGCUGUGUUUUUUAUAAAAAUAAGAGUACCUAUUGUUCUCAACAUGUACAAAAAAACGAAAAAGAUAACGAACUAACUACACUUUCCGUCUAUAGAAGAGUGUAUGUCAAUCGUGACGAGAAUAGACAAGUUGCAGCUGUGAUGCAUCAUUCGGAACAUAAUCAUCUGCUUAGAGUCGGAAGUCUGAUAUUUUUAAGUGUCGGACAACUGCUCCCACACCAGCUCGCCAAUUUCCACACACCAAAUUAUAUAUAUCCAGUUGGAUACAAAAUUGUCAGAUUUUAUUGGAGUAUGAGACGGCCAAAUAAACGCUGCCGAUAUGUGUGUUCUAUCCAUGACGUUUCUGGUCGACCCGAAUUUCGUGUUCUAGUACAAGAACCUUUACAAGAAGACGUUGAAUUGCGUGACGCCACUCCUCGUGCUGUCUGGAGCAGAAUCCUUGAACCUCUUGCCGAGUUACGAAGAUCGACGCAUAGUGUCCAGCUAUUUCCGCGUUAUGUUUCUGGCGAAGAUUUAUUUGGACUUACUGAACCAGCGGUCGUUCGUGUUCUCGAAAGUCUUCCAGGCAUUGAAACUUUAACCGAUUACAGAUUUAAAUACGGCCGAAAUCCCUUAUUAGAAUUACCGUUAGCGAUCAAUCCUACUGGCAGCGCGAGAACGGAAGCUCGUUUACGAAAUCAACUUCCUUGGAAAAGGCCACACACACAGCGCACAGGUUCUUCAGCUCGAGCAGCCUUCGUUCCAACUGCAACUGUUGCUGGAGAAGUGGCAUGUCCUUAUUCGAAACAAUUUGUUCAUUCUAAAAGUUCUCAGUACAAAAAAAUGAAGCAAGAGUGGCGGAACAAUGUAUAUUUAGCACGUUCUAAAAUCCAAGGUUUAGGAUUGUAUGCUGCACGUGAUUUGGAGAAACAUACAAUGGUCAUUGAAUACAUUGGAGAAAUUAUUCGUACUGAAUUGGCCGAGACGAGAGAAAAGCAAUAUGAAGCAAGGAAUCGUGGUAUUUAUAUGUUUCGUUUGGAUGAAGAAAGAGUGGUCGAUGCAACAUUGUGUGGAGGUCUCGCAAGAUAUAUCAAUCACUCUUGUAACCCGAAUUGUGUCGCUGAAAUUGUUGAGGUCGAACGUGAUCUUAGAAUUAUAAUCUUUGCAAAACGAAGAAUCUCACGUGGCGAGGAGCUGGCAUAUGAUUACAAAUUCGAUAUUGAAGAUGACCAGCACAAGAUAGCAUGCGCAUGUGGCGCGCCUAACUGCCGCAAGUGGAUGAACUAAAGCUCGAUCCACCGUUGUUAUUGUUACUACGUUAUUGGGUAGGUUUUACAUGAAGAAAAAAUUAUAUAUAUAUAUAUAUAUAUAUACAUAUAAAAAUAUAUAUAUAUAAUAGACACAUUAUUUAAUUUGUAAAGUGCCAUUGCAGUUUGACUAAUUGAUUCAUAGUGAAGUUGGUGCUAUGCCAUCACAACAUUCCUCCAAAGUUGUACAAUAUUAGUUUUACUUUACAAAACAUAGAAAAACAUUGAUCGCUUGUAUAUUACGGACAUUCUUUAAAAACACGACACACAUUGCGAAAAAAAAAAUUUUAUGAGUCGUGUGUAUGUAUACAGGAAAUUUGUAUCUUUGUAUGUUGAAUAGAGUCAACAUUUAGUUGACCAAUAUUGUAAUAUAAAUCGUUUAUUAAUUAUUAUUGCAUAUACAUUGCACUGUAUCUGUACAUAAGUAGAGAUCCAUGUUAUUUUGAAUCACCAGAUGAAUUAUGUAAAGUAACAGUAUCUAAUUUAGAAUUAUAUACAAUUAUAACUAUUUCAUUAUAUGAUAAUAAAUCCGUACAAAAUCUACUGAUCUAUUUCGUUUUUGUAAAUACCUUUUUUUGUGAAUUUCGAUUUAUUAGUGUUUAAUAGGUAAAUUGUAUUCAUUAUUCAAUUUCAAAUCUUUUAUCGUGAUAAAUAUCAACUUUAAAUUCUCAGAUUAUUUAUGCUUUUAAAUUCAGCAAAAAUUUCAAAGAAAAAAUAU